UUCAGCCAGUACUCAACAAGUCAGAUGAUAACUUCAUGGGCUGUUCGACAAAUCUGGACAUUCUGCAGAAGCAAUUAACUUUUAACGUUAGCAGUUGGUUCAGUGCCUUCAAUAUAUUUGUUCACAUGCUGGAGGAUCCAUCAAAUGUAGACAAAGCAAUUGAUCUUUUCAUUAAUAACUUCGCCAAUAUUUCCAGACUUGAACCUAAUCCAGAUGUAAUGGAGUAUCACAUGACUAUUAUUCAGUUCAUCGACAAGUGUAACAACGAAGAUCAGCUACAGAAGGUUAAUAUAACAUAAUAUUAAACAUUUAUAUAUUCGUGUAAUGUUCAACUACAAUUAAUUUACUGCCACUAUGGAAUAUUUCUGUUACAGAUGGAAGUAUUUGCUAAACACGGACUUAGGAUAAACAACCAUUUAACUAAGAGGAGAGAUAGAAUACCUAAAAUUAAAAAUACUUUAUCGGAAAUCCGUAACGCUUUCGAAAA